GACACCCAGCGGGUUUGAUCCUUCGCGCUGUCAGAAAGCAGCCAGAACACUCUCAUGAAACCGGUCCGCCUGAUAAAGUCGGCGCUACUUUGACUCCGGGUAGGAGACGACUUGUACCCAAAGCUGAGGGCGACUUUCCCCCAGGCCAUGAGUCUUUGAGCAGGGAAAGGGUUUUGUUUCACGUUUAGCUGCAGUUGAGGCGGUUCAUUAACAACAUCCCCCGGGGCUUUGAUGCAGACUACACCGCGGGCGCUGCUCUGAGACAGACGAUGCUGUGGUGCGCGGUGUUAGCUGCCUGCUGGCUGUUGGUGGACGGCAGGUUGACCAGACGCUCCCCCCGCUGCGAGCAGACGUGCGACCUGUCCCACUGCCCGGAGCCACCCGCCGACUGCUGGGCCGGGCAGGUCCAGGACGCCUGCGGCUGUUGCCGGGUCUGCGCCGCCGGCGAGGGCGAUUCGUGCGGCGGCCGUGCGGACGCCAGCGCCUGCGGCGAGGAGCUCAAGUGCACGGUGCCGCCGGCCUCCUACCCGGGCAAGAGGAGAAUCAAGGGCGUUUGUGUGUGUGCCAAGCCCGAGCCGGUGUGCGGCAGCGACGGUAGCACCUACCGCAACGUCUGCCAGCUGAAGGCAGUGAGCCGCCGGGCUCAGAGCCUCAACCAGCCUCCCGUCAUCUUCAUCCAGAGGGGAGUCUGUGGUCUAGGUCAGAAUGAUCCUGACAGCCUGAGACACAAAUACAAUUUUAUUGCAGAUGUGGUGGAUAAAAUAGCUCCUGCUGUGGUUCAUAUUGAACUUUUUCGUAGGGCAGUUUAUUCCAACCGUGAAUUGUCUGUUGCAAGCGGUUCGGGGUUUAUUGUCUCAGAAGAUGGAUUGAUCGUAACAAAUGCACAUGUGGUCACCAAUAAGCAAAGAGUCAAAGUAGAACUAUGGAAUGGAGCCACAUACAAUGCCAAAAUAAAAGACAUAGAUGAGAAGGCAGAUCUUGCUUUAAUUAAAAUAGAAACUCCGGUAAAGCUCCCAGUGCUGCUGCUUGGUCGCUCCACAGACCUGAGGCCAGGAGAGUUUGUGGUCGCGAUUGGAAGUCCAUUUUCACUGCAAAACACGGUGACGACCGGAAUAGUAAGCACGACUCAGAGAGGAGGCAAGGAAUUGGGACUUCGAAACUCUGACAUCGAUUACAUUCAGACGGAUGCGAUUAUCAACUACGGAAACUCGGGUGGUCCAUUGGUGAAUCUGGAUGGUGAGGUGGUUGGCAUUAAUACUCUGAAAGUGACUGCAGGGAUAUCAUUUGCAAUCCCAUCGGACAUAAUUCGCCAGUUUCUAAUUGAAUCACAUGACCGGCAAUUGAAAGGAAAAACUUCAACAAAAAAAAGAUAUCUUGGAGUUAGAAUGAUUUCACUUACCCCUGGCCUUGCCAAGGAACUGAAGGAGCGCCAGAGUGAUUUCCCAGAUGUUAAUUCUGGAGCCUAUAUCAUUGAGGUUCUUCCACGUACACCUGCUUUCAUCGGUGGCCUGGAGGACAAUGAUGUGAUUAUUAGCAUAAAUAAUCACUUGAUAACUUCUUCCAGUGAUGUCAGCGAAGCAAUUAAAAAGGAUCCAUCCUUGUCCAUUGUGGUCCGUCGUGGCAACAGAGAUGUGAUAAUAAAUGUUGUCACUGAAGAAAUUGAACCUUAGAUGGAGCUGGGUCUCCUGCCUUUAUGUAUAAAACAGCAAAGAUUUUGGUUAUUUACUGGAUAAAGAUGGUCUCUAGUUAAUGGCUCAUAAUCUUGUUGGUAUUUCUACUGCAAAACAUCAUCAGGAGAUAUCUACAGCUUGAAUAUAACUCUUUGAUGAUUACAAGCUGAGGUGAUCCUGAUGUUGUAACGUUUAUUUUGUGUACUUCCUUGAUGCAUCUUUCCAUAUUUUCUUUCUUGAUUUAUUGUAAUCUGCUUUACUUCAAAUGUCCGUAUAUGCGACUAACUCAGCUGGAUAUUCCACUCCAGUAAUGUUGAGAUUACUGUUAUUGGCACUAAUUCUCUUACAGUUGUUUAAUUUUCACUCUGUAUUGGUAAAUUUUCAAUUUGAUGUUACACGUGUGGGCCUGGCAAAUUUAAUAUGUUGGUGAAGCCUUUUUCUUCUGCUGGAUAUCAGAAU